UGCUCACCACAGCAUGGCCAAGGUUGAGAUAUGUUUGUCUGCAGCACGCUCCGUACCUAAUCCACAUUCAGCGCCAAAUUAAUUAGUAGCUGCAGAUUUUUUUUCAAUUGAUAUAUUUUUGUAUUUUAUUUAUUUUUUCUCACCCUACGAACGAGCGCCUAUUGGACUGUCCCGCGAAACGAGCCAGUCGCGAACCACAGAUGCUAACCAAGGUCGGGUAGCCACAGCAAGAGCCGACCCGCAAGCUCCUGCAAAGAGCUAACACAACCUACCCAGUUAGCGCUGAACUACGAAACUGGUCCUCAGAGCAAGGACAUCAUUUUGGUUGCCGUCGCCAGAGUCACCCGCCUGGUUCCCAUUGCUUUUAAUUCUGCCCUGGGAACGUACUGUGUACCUACCUAUAUUACUACAGUCGGUACCUUACUUGCCCAGCUAAGGUGCUCAUCGGAUAUCUUGGCUGCCCUACCUCCUUGGGCGAAUACUAUUUACGAAGCGAAGCUGGCACUCGACCAGACUGUCCGGUCCAUACCAUCUCGACCGGCCCAACGUCGUCGUCAUGAAGUUCGCCGAGCAGCUGCGGGCCAGCAUAAUACCCGAGUACCAAUGGUACUACCUCGACUACCCGGGCCUCAAAGCUGAGCUUAAGCAACCGAGCGGACCGAUCCAAAAGGACACGGGAGUCCGGGAAUGGUCAGAGGAUGAUGAGACUCGCUUCGUGCGCAAGCUCGAGGCGGAACUCGAAAAGAUCCACCAGAAGCAGCAGGUCAAGUCCAUCGAGAUCACCAGGAGGAUCGCCGUCUGCGAGAAGGAGGUUAUGGAUACCAUCAGGCGCCAAAACGAACGCGGCACCGGUCCUGGCCCUACCGAGGAGGAGUUUGACCUCCACGAGUCGGAUCUGAGCGAUAUCAUCGCAGACGUCCACGACCUUGCCAAGUUUGUUCAAGUCAACUACACUGGGUUUUAUAAGAUUAUCAAGAAGCAUGACAAAAUGACUGGCUGGCAUCUGAAGCCCGUCUGGGACAGUCGGUUGAAGGCGAAGCCGUUCUACAAGGAGAACUAUGACGCUCAGGUUGUCAAGCUCUCAAAGCUGUAUGACCUGGCCCGCACACGAGGCAAUCCUGUUCAGGGUGACAGCGCAGCUGGUGGCGGACAGGCCAGCUUUGUCCGAAACACCACAAAGUAUUGGGUUCACCCGGACAACGUUACCGAGUUGAAGCUCAUCAUCCUCAAGCACCUACCGGUCCUCGUCUUCAACGCAAGUAAGGAAUUCGAGGUAGCUGACUCGGCCAUCACAUCGAUCUACUACGACAACCCGGACACAUGGGAACUUUAUGAGGGGCGACUCAAAAAGACGGAGGGGGCCGAGGCCAUCCGUCUUCGUUGGUACGGCGGCAUGGACACGGAAACGAUAUUUGUUGAACGAAAGACGCAUCGCGAAGACUGGACGGGCGAGAAGUCGGUCAAGGCGCGCUUCCCCAUCAAGGAGAAGAAUGUGAACUCGUACAUGAAGGGAGACCUCCUACCUGCGGCUGUGUUUGAAAAGGCGCGUCGGGAAGGCAAGAAGCCCCAGAAAGUGCUCGAUGAGCAAGAGCGUCUCGCGGCCGAGAUUCAGUAUUCGGUGCUGAAGAAGGGUUACAAGCCAGUGUGUCGGUCAUUUUACAACCGCACAGCUUUCCAGUUGCCGGCGGAUGCACGAGUGCGUAUCUCGCUCGAUACUGAGCUCUGCAUGAUACGAGAAGAUGACCUGGAUGGCAAGAAGCGUGCUGGUGAUAACUGGCGACGGAUGGACAUUGGGAUCGAUCACCCGUUCAGCCAGCUGCCGCCCGAGGACAUUGUUCGGUUCCCCUAUGCCGUGCUGGAGGUUAAGCUGCAGACACAUGUGGGACAGCAACCACCAGACUGGGUGCGCCAGCUCAUUUCGAGCCACCUGGUAGAGUCGGUGCCCAAGUUUUCGAAAUUCAUCCAUGGAUGUGCGAGCCUGUUUGAGGACAGAAUUAAUCUGUUGCCCUUUUGGCACCCGCAAAUGGAUGUUGACAUCAGAAAACCACGGACGCACAACUUCGGCAUCCACCGACCGGCAGCCAACUCGGCAGCAACAGCCACCACCGACGAUGAAGAGGACGAGCUUGAUUCGGACGAGGAGGAGGCAGAAGAUGCAGGCAAGAAUGGUGUGGCCAGCUCGCAUGCUGCCAACGGAAAUGGUGAAUCGUCCAGCCGGGGACUUCACCGUGGUCAGCGAGCACAAGACGUUGAAGACCAGACUGUGGCGCAGCCAGUGGCUGAUGAGGAUUAUCCCGUCUACGACUCGGACGUGGAGGAGGAUGAAGACGUUAGGCUAGAGGAGGCGCGGAGAGUGGGUGGUUGGGACUACUACUCGACACUGUUUUCCAUAUAUUCUGGUAAAGCCGCGCAUACGGGGCUGGCAGUGGCGAAGGCGCUCAUCCCGCGCCCACGAGGCUCGGCCAUUCCGAGAAGCGAGCGCAAUGAGGCUCUCUGGGGAAGCGAGGACACGAGUCUGAAACGCUUCAAGGCGCCCAAGGGCAAGAAGAUUCAUGUGCCGGUUCGUGUCGAACCAAAGGUGUACUUUGCCGCCGAGCGCACCUUUUUGGGUUGGCUCGAGUAUUCGAUUUACGUGGGUAUGAUUGCUACAACAUUGCUGAACUUUGGCGACAAGCCCAACAGCAUGGCAUUUGUGGUAGCCGGUGCCUUCACGAUUGUUGCAAUUCUUUGCUUGAUAUACUCGGUGGCUAUCUACCUCUACAGAAGCCGGGCGAUCCGCACGCGCCGAGCAUCGGCGAAGUACUACGACAAGUUGGGUCCUUCAGCUCUGUGUGUGACAUUGUUCCUUGCGGUUGCUUUGAACUUUGGGUUCGAGGGGUACAAGAGAAGUAUUUGGUAGGGCCUUUGUGACAGUACUUUGCUAAGGAGUUUGUGGAGGGAAGAAAAAGAAAAAAAAAAGCAGUUGAGGACGCUUGUAUGCGUCAACGUGUAAUGGUGUACAUAGGCGGGCCUGCAUCCUAGAAUAUAGUUUCCUUUAUAUCUUGACCUGUAGUGUAGUGUUGUUCUUUUUCCCCUUGUCUGUUCUUUGUUGACACCCAUGUGAGUGUUUUUGGGUUGAAUGUUGUCACUGGAGGUGGUCGAGAAGAUUACUUGUUUGGACAAACAGUAUAUGGA